UUCUACCGAGUUUGAGAAUGUACAAAAGAAAUUUUAAGAAAAAAUAAAAUUGUUAUGGCGAAAGAUAAAGAUGAAAUACAGAUGGUAAAUAGUUGGAAAAGGAUAGAUAAGCUAACUAAUACACAAAAAAUUCUUAAAGUUGUUGUACUAGUAAGUGAAGAAGAAGAAGAAGAACAGGAACAAAUGAAGAUUAGAGAUAUCAACACUGAUUUUAAGGAUUCUAGUAGUAGUAAUAAGAGAGCUAAAGUUAAGAUUGUUGAGUUAGAUAGUGAUGGCAAAGAAGUUGUAGAAAUAAUUAAACAAGUUGAAAAUUUUGAAGAAGAAGAAAAAGAAGCUGUGGUUGUUAGAGAACCCUUAUUAGUAUUUGGAGAAGAUUUAAUGUUAAUGAUAUUGAAUCAUCUUGAUGCACAAGGAGUUGCUAGUUGUUUACUUGUCUCUCAUGGUUGGAGUGAUGUUGCUUCAAGUGAUUCUCUCUGGACUAAAAAGUGUGAGGACCUGUGGUUCGGGAAAGCACAUAUGCCACGAUUAUUACCAGGAAUUUCUAGGUUGGCAGCUUAUUCAUUUUCAAUGAUGGAUGCCAGACGUUCCCGCAUCAUGACGGAGGAUCUUUGUGACCACGUAUGGGAGUUUCGCUUUAAGAAGGAGGCUCCCGAAUAUUGGCGUAAUCUCGAUCCUUCAUGGAAGGGAAUCGGCCCUCCGAUGCUGAGGUACUUCCACCCAGAUGGCUCACAAAGUGCAGAUCCUGAUGAUCAGGUUUGGGGUGGCCAUGAAUGCACUUUUUCCACUGUUACAACCUUUGUGGCUGACGGGAACAUUAGGAAACAUUACGUCAGAAUUAACAGAUGGCCACCUAUGACCGUAUCAAGGAACAAGGAUUGGAGUUGGGAGCUGGGAAACCAAUUGUACUGGUACUCGAGCACUCCCGACGCCACCAAGGAGGGUGGCACUGGACCAUUGUUCCCAGCAUGGUAACUGAAUCUCAACUGGUGUAUAAACGAGGAACCUGUCAACUUAUCUCAUCAAUCUAAGCUUGGUCUGUUGGUGAAUGUUUUUCCAUGUUCUAUUUUAACUAAUUUUUAUGUUCCACAAACUAUAAAGAGACAUAGUGAUGUCCCAAUAGUGCGUCUAAACUGUUACAUCUUCAACGGCUGUGUUACAUAUGCUGCGAUCAGUAAUGACUUGUUCUUUAUUUUCUUCUAGUGGUAAUAAAUUUGUUGGGUCGUUCUAAAUUAAAUAAAUUGGUCGGCUCUCGGAGAAAUAACUUGUUCUUUAUUUUCUUCUAGUGGUAAUAAAUUUGCUGGGUCGUUCUAAAUUAAAUAAAUUGGUCGGCUCGCGAGUACUUGUGUAAACAAAAGUUGUAAUCUAAUGUAUCUUUUAUGUAAACAACUAUUCAAGUAA